UCAAACAGGAAAUCUGAGAUUGGGAACAACUUAUAUUUUGGCUUGUAUUCACUGAUCAUGGGGUGAUCCAGAAAUAAACUCCAGGCUUCAAAGUGAGCGUGUUUCAAAGCUGUCCUGCAGUUGAUCGAAACAUCCAGGCAAAGCAGGGAGACAAAUACCAGCAAGGAUUUUCUGAAUUAAGACUUAACCAAGGAGACAACCCAUUUCAACACUAUUAUUACCCUUUUAUUUCAGAACAAAAAGGAAAGCGAAGAAUUAUAAAAAUGGCUACGACGGCAGCAAAUUCUCAAAGACAAACAAUAGGCUGCGAGGAGUACAGUCUGUACAGCAGCCUGAGCGAGGAUGAGCUAAUAAAGAUGGCCAUCCAGCAGAGCUUGGAAGAGGACUCGGCGGGUCAGACGGUGGCCCAGAGCCCCCAGAAGUCGCUGGUGGCCCGUGCUGGUGAAGUGGGCGCCCCAAGCCGUGCCAGCCCACACAACCCUCCCUACCGCAUCUACCCCUGGCAAAGAUUGGCGGCCCAGCAGACAGGCCGUGCUCAGCCAUCCAGCUCGGGGGCAGCCUGGGGGGUCAGGCGAAGGUACGACAGCAGCCAGUUCAGCACAUCCCAGCCCGUAGAAAUUGACCCUGUAGUGGCAGCAAUCAGGGAUGGAGAUGAAAAAGCAGUAUGCAACAUGAUGAAAUCAGGAAAAAACCUUUCUGUACCUAAUAAGGAUGGCUGGAUACCCCUCCACGAAGCUGCAUACUAUGGCCAAGUGGGCUGCCUGAGCCUGUUGCAAAAAGCGUACCCGGGCACCAUCGACCAGCGCACCCUCAAUGAGGAGACAGCUCUGUACCUGGCCACCAGCCGGGGCAACCUGGACUGCCUGCUCACCCUGCUGCAGGCCGGGGCCGAGCCCGACAUCUCCAACAAGGCCAGAGAAACGCCGCUCUACAAAGCUUGUGAGCGCAAGAAUGCAGAGGCUGCAAGGCUCCUGGUGCAGUACAAUGCAGAUACCAACCAUCGCUGCAACCGAGGAUGGACCGCUCUCCAUGAGGCUGUCUCCCGCAAUGACCUGGAGAUCAUGGAUAUCCUUGUGAAAGGGGGUGCCAAGAUUGAGUCAGCAAAUGCCUACGGGAUCACUUCUUUGUUUGUGGCAGCUGAGAGUGGGCAGUUGGAAGCUCUGAGAUACCUUGCAAGAUGUGGUGCUGAUAUAAACACACAAGCCAGUGAUAACGCCUCUGCCCUUUAUGAAGCCUGUAAAAAUGGACAUGUGCCCAUUGUGGAAUUUCUUUUGUCCCAAGGAGCAGAUGCUAACAAAGCCAAUAAGGAUGGCCUGUUACCUCUUCACAUAGCAGCCAAAAAAGGGAUUUGCGAGAUUGUCUCCAUGCUGAUCCCUGUGACCAGCCGCACCCGUGUCAAGCGUAGUGGCAUCAGCCCCCUGCACUUAGCGGCCGAGCGCAACAACGACGAUAUCCUGGAAGAGCUGAUCGAUGCUGGCUACGAGGUCAACACUGCCCUCUCUGAUGAACGGUCCUGCCUUUAUGAGGACAGACGCACAACCCCACUCUAUUUUGCUGUUUUUAACAACAACAUCUACGCCACAGAGCUGCUGCUGCAAGCUGGAGCCAACCCCAAUGUUGACCUCAUUAACCCAUUGCUCAUCUCCAUCCGCCAUGGCUGCCUGAAGACCAUGAAAUUGCUUCUUGACCAUGGGGCAAACAUUGACGCCUACAUAUCAAGUCAUCCCACCACGUUUCCAGCUACCAUCAUGUUUUCAAUGAAGUACCUUUCCGUGCUGAAGUACCUCCUGGAUCUGGGCUGUGACGCAGGUUCCUGUUUUGAGUGUCAGUAUGGAAAUGGCCCACACCCUGCAUUAAAUUACAGGCGGGAAAGACUUAAUGAUCCUCAGGUGACCAGGGAGCCAGCUGUAGUACAGUUUUGUGAAAUGGUGUCUACUCCAGAGAUAAGUCGCUGGGCUGGGCCGAUCAUCGAUGUUCUUCUGGAUUAUGUGGGUAAUGUGCAGCUCUGUUCCCGGCUCAAGGAGCAUAUUGACAGCUAUGAGGACUGGGCUGUCAUUAAAGAAAAAGCAGAACCUCCACGGCCUCUUUCCCAUCUUUGCCGCAUCAAGGUACGGAGCCUGGUUGGAAGAAACCGCAUUAAACUGCUCGACACCCUGCCCCUGCCAGACAGACUGAUCCGGUACUUACAGCACGACUACUCGCAGUGACCCCAGGCACACUGGAUACGCAGCAGCUUCCCCACGUGGCACCCAGUGGCACCCAUGGCACAGGUGCACCCUGGGGAGGAAUUGCUGCUGGCUCGGUCAAGCACCCUCCCAUGAUUAAUCUAAGAGAAAUGUGCUUUUCAAGCAUGAGUGAGAAGAAAAUGGAGGAGACAGCUAACAUAGGAGACUGCUGUUAGGUUUUUCAAGAGAAAACACAUACAAUUCACCUCAGACCUUAGUCUGCAAAGAAGAGAUGAAAGGCAAUACUGACAAAUGAAUAGUGCUGAAGCAAAGAAGUGCUGAGCAGGAACUCAAAAGUGUCCUGAAGCUGUGGUGGAGCUUAGCAUCCUUACCGUGGUCACAAUUCAGAACUUGUCAAGAAUCAAUGUGUUUGGGACAACAAUCACAUUACCUUCACCAACUGAGAUUUUUAUUGUAGUUUCUAUUCUAUUGUUUGGUUUUCUGUGUUAGUUGCUAAUUCUCUGAUAUUAUGACACCACCUUGCUAACACCUUUACUUCUUUUUUUGUACCUUUCUUAUUAAGGACUUGAUUUAUGAACCUUCAAAUCUCAGAACUCUUUAAUAGACUAAAAUCCAGAAAUACUGAAUCCUUUAAAAGUCAAGGAAACGUUUAUUUAAGGAGGAUGGAAGAAUUGUAUUUGCAAAUAGUGAAUACAGUUCAUUAUGUAUCAUAUUUGCAAUAGGAAGUAAGUGAAAUUUUGCAUGAGAGAAUUUCCUAGACUGGGGAUUUGAAAACAACCUUUAGCUUUUUGCGUUUUUUUGGUGUAAAUUAGAAGUAGCUGCACUGUAAACAGUAGAUUUAUGCUUUCAUGAAGCUGAUGUCAGAACAGAGCAAAGCCCUAGAGGAGUAGGAACAGAGAGUGAUGUGAAGGAGAGAGGCAACACUGUUGAACCAACUUAUUCUCUUCCUUCCUCAGAAGAUCUUAUCUCUAUAAAACCCAGCCUCUUCAACCUCCUUGGACAUCUGUGGCUGUAACAAUACCAUGACUGAAAGAAAGAGAAAUUAUUUCGAAAUAAUUGAAUUCAAACUGAAAAAUUUAUGGAAAUGAAUACCCAGAAUUAGGUGUCCAGAUCUUUAUUCAGGUGCCUAAACAAUGCCAAGUUGCUUGCACCAGGUGUUGUUCAACUUAAACCAGGAAAAUAAUAUUCAGUAUGAGAUAUUACUGAGGCUGAAUAAAUAAAUCUCAGAAUUUAGCCCUGAAUUUUCUGACAUUGAAAGUUUGAAGUAUCUAUCAUCUUCCUUUGACACUGAUGAAAGUUAUUAUCUCAGCUUCUUUGAAAAUUAGGUCACCUAUUUACAGCUCUGAUCUACAACUGAUUUAUGGCAGCUUAACAAGUCACCAUCUAUCUGCUGAACCACUAUAAUUGUCCGUGAAAUUCUUUUAUUGAAGUUUUUAACAAGUCACAUUCCCUCACAGCUGGGGAGACCAAGGACCCCAUGAACAGUUAUUGGCAGAGACUACAGAUCACUUGACAGGUGUGACUUGCUGAACUGCUUUGAUGAGUGCUUUAUUCCUCACUAGGCACCUAAGAAAGAAUGGAAGAAACUAAAUUUGGAAGUACAUCUUUGCAGAUCUUAUGCUAGAAGCAUACUCCUUACCUUAGGUGGCAGAGGAGCUGUGCAUCAUGGUCUGCUUGGAGUCCCCACCAGAGACCUUACAGAUCUGGUUUUGUUUGUUGAUCUGCAUACCAUCCAUGGAAUAUGACAGAAAUCUAAGUAGGAAAAAUACAUUGCACUGAGUUUUAUUUGUGUGGAGUUUUAUAUCUUAACACAGGACUGAAGUGUGUUGCACAAAUAUAAGUAAUACAAUUUGUCUGGGCACACAGAUUGUGAUGACUUUGCGUGAAAUGUCUUCAUCACCUGUGGGAGAGGACAUGAGCAGAAAAAGCAUUGGUUACAGGAUUGCUUACUCUGUCCAUUGCUGUCCCCUUUAAAAAUGCAAAAAUUGAAAAACCAACAGAGUUUCAAUUCACACUAAACACUGCUCUUGUAAAGCUUUGGAAAGUCAGGCAAGAUUCAUCCACUGGUGAAAUUUCACGCAGUAACUUCCUUUACUGCCAGUUUAAGAUCCCUGCCCUUGUCUCUUGUAGUAUGAAUAGGAAAUUGGUUUAGGUUAGAAAAAUAUUGGGUGGAGAGAAAAGGAACAAGAAAUUGCAAUAUUAGUUCUGCCAGUGAAGGCCCUGUAUUGGUAAGCAGAACCUGGCGAGAUAGAAAAUCACUGUGGAGUUCAUGCAUCUCUCACUUUCUGAAGCUGUGCAACAAGGUCUGGGUCUUACAUUGAUAAAAAUCAGAAGUCCUUGAAAUCAAGUAAGUGUAACCAAGCAGAGCUGUAAAGGGGGAUGGAUUCAGGUAGAGCUUGGUGGAGACCACUUCAGAGUUUGAUGUGCAGUGACAGCCCUGGAGACCCUGGCAGGUAGAAGGGCUCACAAUCACCAAGUACAUUAAUACCUCCAGAAGUGGGAUUUCAUAAGUAUCCCAACCUGGGAAUUUCCCCCAAGCCAAUAUUUUUUUGUCUACAAAAGUCUAGCAAGUAGCAAUUUCUUUUUCUGUCCUUGGAGAAACUGAAACUGGGUUUGAAUGAGAUAAAUAUGGAAAGCCCAUUUCUUCUUUCAACCAAGAGACCUUAUUUGCUAUUGGGAGACCCAUGUCCUAGUUGCUGGCAAUGAUCUGUCCUGAGCAGGAGUCACUGAGCCAGAGAGCACAGGUCUGAUGGGAACAUAACACAGCUGCGGGAAGGGUAAGUGCAUGCUGUGCUCAGAAACUGAGGUGAGAAGAGUCUAUACGUUAGAGAGGGAGUCUGGUAAUUGCAAUGUUAUUAAGUCCUUUCUGCUUGAUCUUUAAAGCAAACCUUCACAUACUCAGUUUACAUUUAUUUGCACUGAAAUGGAGCCCACUACCUCUCCACUCCAGUCACUGACAUAUUUUUUUGUGCACAAUACUGAAUCUGCACAAAUUCAAUGUGCCUUUAAUGCAUCUAUCUACAAGUUACUGUGAAAAGAAAAAUACUCCAGAACCCAGGAAAGCCAGGCUUUGUAAUCAGAUCAGUAAUUCUAGUGCAAGGUAAAGUGGCUUGUUUCACCGAGUGUGAUAGUUAGACUCCUCCAGGUAUGAUGACUUUAUGUGAAAUGUUCUAGGAAUAUUUCAUGACCAGGUUACUGUACUUUUUUUUUUUUUUUUUACUGCAACAUGUGCAAUUCACUUGAUGUUCUUGUGCACUUUUUUGAUUUUUUUUUAUUUCUUUUUGUAUGAAAGUUUUUUCAUUUACCUCUCCCUUCCCAUAUUUAUAAAAGCUAUUGUGUUUUUAAAAGUUUAAAUCUGCACUGUUCUAGUAAAUAGCAGCUCUCAAAUGUUAUGUUUCCAUCUUUCAAACAGCAUAUGAAUAAACAAGCAGAUUCUUAAGGACUAUCAGCUGUCCUGAAUAGCAACACCAACCAUCAACAAGCCAAACACAAAAACAUCCAGAAAAAUUCUGAAUCAAUACAAGCUUGAAUAAUUAAUAAUUCCAUUGUCAGUCUCAGGGAUGAGAGAACAGUAAGUAUUGCUAGAGAGGAGACAGAGUUGCUAUUAUUUGCAAACCUUUUGGAAAGUCUCACACAUCCCCAUUCAGGGAUUUUGAAUAUACUUAACAAUUGUCUUCUGUUCAUUUGUGUUUUACUUCACUGCUGCUCCAGUUCAAAGCCCCAGCAAGGGCCACUGCCUGUCUUGGGUUGGGGGGGAGCUUCCAUGUCACAAAAGAUUUUGAAAAAAUAACAUUAGUUUAAAUCUGAGUGUAGGAGCAUAAAUACCUGAGUCGGAGGUCAUUUAGAAUGGUCUGUUUCAAUCCUUCAUUGUAACUUUAAAACACACUAUUCUACUAAAUGGAAAAUGUGCAGCAAUAUACAUUCAAAUAAAAUGGAGUUUAAAAGAAGUAAAAUAAUAAAACAAGGAAUUUAAUAUUCAAAAGAUAGAAACUUGUUUUGAACUCUCUUCUUCCUCUGGAUUUCUUCAGAAAUAAAAUUUAUACAGAGGCUA